AUGUGCAGCACAGGGCGGGGGCAAACGGAAAUGGAGGCUUCCCGCACGGGCUUACCUUCGCAUGCAGGCUCCGCUGCACACAGGCGCCAAUGGCGCAUGCAAUGGCGUCAGUUGGGCGCGCAAACGAGGAAAACGAAGUGCCUUAGUGAUCGGUGGACCUGCACGUGUGGACCCUCGCCUGCUCCUCGUCUACCCUCCCCUCCCCUCCCUCUCUCUCACCCAGUCGUGCUUGCUUUCACUCGCUUCAGCCUUCUCUCUCUCUCCUCUCACGCCCCCUGUUGUGUGUCUUGGCUCAACGGCGAAACACAUCGUGUGCUCGUGUGCGGUGAUGGAGGCGCGCGGUCCCCUCACCAUCGCGUAGGAGCCUCUCCUCUCUCUCUCUCUGCAUCUCUUUCUCUCUCUCUCUGCCAAGGAUUGACGCUUCAGAUAAUGCGCAAUGCCUACAUCAGAGCUCUGGCGCCUCUCGCGAGUAGGUCCUCUCCCGCGCCUUCCAGUAGUAGCAGCCUCGCCACAGUGGCAACGACGCUGCAUGUCUCUCGCCGUGGGCAUGCGGGGCACAACUCUGGUCAUAAUGAGCGUCGUGGGCGGCGAGGAGGGCGCCUGCAGGGGCAGCAGUGUGGUCACGCGGUGCCACAAACCAACGCUAGCGUGGCUGCGAGUACAGCGCUGACAUCCCCGCACGCCCGCGGCGCCUUUCAUGACUUCCUUCGCGCCCGAAAUUCACCGUUCAUCGGCAGCGGCAGCGGCACCGCUGCUGCUGCGGUGCCGCUGCCCAACGAUCUAAUACGUACCACCUCCCCUCUUCAUCCUCAUGAACCUUCACAGCACCAGUCAAGCGUUCUUCCGCACGAUAGCGCCGGGCUAAGCGGUGCGUCAGCCGAGCAAAGGAGCCGCGCGAGAGGAGGCGUAGCGCGUGGGACACCAAGCGGUACCACGCCAGAGUUAUCGUGGUCGUCGUCUUCACCGCCAUCCUCUCCGCCAUUACCCCGCGCGGUUCCUGCGAGUGCUGCUGAGGAGCAGAGAAAACAGCAGCGGGUGCUGCUCGAGGAAGAGACGGGCCGACGCGGCUCCAGUACUCCGCCGGUGCUGAGCGAAUGGUCGUUGGGCCUUCCGGACGCAGCGGCGAGGAGGGGUGAGCGGCGGGGCAACCCGCAGAGUCGUGGGCAGCGACGAGGACGCGGUUGCGAUGAUGUGAACAAGGAGGGAGAUGUAAAUGGCAGCACUGCACAGCGAGGUGGACGGCAGGACUUCAGAGAGCGGAGACGUCACAGUGUGCAGCAGCACCGUCAUGAUGCCCUCGAGCUUGCACGACGUCAAACUUCCGCGGGCAUUGCGAAGCGACACCUGCAUGAGUACGAGCAGGCAUGUCUGCAUGCAUACCAUAUCUUGAAGCAGGUUGAAUGGAGCCUCGCCAGCUGGGCCUGGGCUCAGCGACAAGGACAACGGCAUGGCGACUCCGGACACAGCAGCAGCAGCGUCAGACGUAGCAACGUUAGCGAGCACGCGUCGGGUGUGAGGGCGCCGCAGCUUACCGAGGGACCAGUCGCUGCCGGUGAAUCCGUCCCCAAGCUCGCCGGCGAGGACAUGGACGCCGUCGACGCACGCUUUUUCGAGUACGCUGGGCAGAUCCAGCGCACGCUGCAUCAGCUGACCCCACGCCAUUUUGAUGCCGUUCGCGAGUACCGCCUGCGAGCACAGCCACGCAGCGGCUUCCCAUCAUCCACCGCGGCCACUCCGCCGUCUCGGCCGCGACACGCCGAGGGCCCGUCUGCGCCCCGAUCUGAAUCGCCGGGGGACUCUCCGGGGCAGCAGCUGCUACUCUUGCGUCUUCUGUGGCGCCUACUGCACAUCCAGCGGCUCUUCAUCAGCAUUGGCCGACGCGCCUUGCUGCCGCGCAGCGCCGUUGACGUUUAUGUGAACUCCUCGAGCUGCCAGUACGGCAUUCGCGAGGUGCUGCGCGUUCUCGGGAGCGAGCUUGCGCGGUCGACCCUCUCAGCGAGCACCCCCCGGCACCUCCACGGGCCGCGUGGUCAGUCGUGGCGAGAGCACGACGACCCUGCAGCACUGCCGCCCUCACCCCCAGCCCUUCUCUUCUCUAACAAGGAACUCUUCCAGCUCUUUUACGCUGUCCUGUGCAUUCCGAGCGAGGAGGCCCCUGGUGUUCCGCUGUACGACCUGUCCACUGACAACUCCACUUCUCCAUCGAGUGUUGCCUCGGAUCGGCACGCAGCUACCUCCCCCUCCUCUCACCUUGCUGGUGUUGCGUUUCAGCAGUUCCAGCGAGACUGCAUCGCGGCCGGCGCCGAGGCUGCCCGUAUGCCGCUGGACGAGUGGUGUGUGCGUUGGUGGGCGCAUCAGUACGCGGUUCUUGGGUCGGUGGGCGCAGUGUGGACACCACCGUUGUCGAUGGGCGAGGCCAUGGAUGUACUUCAGGCCUGCAUGUACGCAACGGCGAGCGCGCAGGUUCUCGCGACGGCAGCACCUCCUUACGUCGCCCAGCAGCGGCGCAAUCUGCAACAGAGACUUCUUACUCCAUUCACAUACUUCGAGACCCCACCGCAAGGCGCCACCGCCGGUGACCGCCGCCGUCGCAGACACCGAGGGUCUGCGACCGCAUCGGAGAGCAGCAGCGGCGUCGUUGAGGAGGCGGAGUUAUCGCCACUUCGCGUGCCAGACCGCCGGUAUUACCCGCAGCUGUCUGGCGCCUUGGGUGGCAAUCGUGUGGCGCUGCGCAUUCCAUAUCACCUCGGUCAGCGCUAUGUGGAAGUUUUUCUGGCGUACCUGCUCUCGAGUGUGUCUACUGCACCAGAGUCGGGAGAGGCGAAGGAGUCGGCGACGACGGCAACGGAGACGGUGGCGGCGGGUAUUGAGCAUCUUCUCCGUGACCGCGGCCGCGAUACGGUGCGCGACGUUGCGCUCCUCUGCACGGCCAUCCUCUUCUUUGAGGUCUUCUCGCCUAUGACGGCUGCCUUCAUGGCGUACGCGGCACCACUGUGCAGAGAACAAGUGGAACUUCUCAGCGGACAUGAGAUCAGCUGUGUGCUGCUCGCGUACGCAUCGCUGCAGCGCUGGGAGAAGGCAGGCGGCGCUCGCACCGGUGGCGCCUCUACGCCGGCUAGCGGCUCGAACGCGCACACCGACUCGAGGGCGGCGGGAAGUCGUGGCGACCCGCUACACGAUCCCACCGUGGCUGUUCAAAGUGCGUCGACCGCCUCUGCAAGGACUGCCGCUGCUCCCUGCUCCAGCGCAGGCAAGGAUGCUUGGAACACGGAUCCACCGGAAGCAGCCGUGGCCCCAGAGCCCUCGCCACAACUGCCACCGCCACCGCAGCCGGACCAUCAAAGCACCGGUGAUCACCACAGCCGCAGCCGCCGGAGUACUUCCACUCGAUCAUCGCCGCCAUCGAAUGAAAAGACGACGUCAACGAGUCCACAGUCGCCAUGCCAUGCGCCGUGGCACCUCUUCUACGUCACACUUGCUUCCCGCGCCGGCCAGCUCAGCGACACUCUUAGCGAAGAUGACGUGACACGUGUGCUGCGGGCGAUGGAGCUGACCGAAAUCGAGCACGACGACCUGCGCCGCGCGUUGGAGUCCUCGCUGCGCCUGCGGAGCAUGCGGCGACGUGUUCUUUAUGAGCCGUAG